AUGCUGCAACAACUGAAUCCGGUCGACGUGGUGGCUAAAGCCCGCCGUACUUUCAACAGUGGUACCACCAGGAGCCUGCAACAGCGCAAGAAGUACCUCCGAAGCCUCGUUAACUUCUUCCAAGAAAAGGAAGACGGCAUCAUCGAAAGCGUCUUCGCAGACUCGCGAAAGGACGAAGAAGAAGUGCGCUGGGAAAUUUACACGGCGAUUUUUCACACCCAGUACUUAAUCGAUAACGUGGGCAAAUGGGUGAACGGGGAAAAUGUGCCGAAGCGAUGGAUCGACACGCUGGACAAAAUUUACGUGCACAGCGAACCAUAUGGGGUGGUUCUGCUGGUGACUUGCUGGAAUAUGCCCAUCUUGACUUUGCUACCUCUGGCAGGAGCUAUAGCUGCGGGUAAUUGCGUCGUGAUUAAACCUUCGCAUAACGGACACCAUUUUGGGACUUUUUUGGCAACUGUUUUGCCCUCGUACUUGGACCCUGAGUGCUACUCGAUUUUUUGUGAAAACCACGACCGUGUGGAGAAACUCCUGGACGAAAAGUUCGAUUAUAUCUACUUCACGGGGUCGGCUUCCAUUGGGAGAAUGAUUCACAGGGCUGCCAACAAAUACCUAACACCUACUACUUUACAGCUGGGGGGCAAAAACCCGGUUUAUAUUGAUUCUAGUGCUGAUUUGGAGCAAGCGGCUGCUCGGAUAAUUUGGGGCAAGUGUUUGAACUCGGGGCAAUCUUGUUCCUCUCCGGAUUACGUCCUUUGCUCGAGACCAAUCAGAGAGCGCUUCGUCGAACAUGCCAAAUCUGCCAUCGAACGAUUUUACCCAGACUCCCAACACUGUCCCAUAGUUAACGACCAUCAGCUCCAGAGAUUGUCAAACUUGCUCAAAGACCUGGACAUAGCACUAGGAGGCGGAGUGGACUUUACCCAAACAACCAUGCAACCCACCGUUGCAAUUAACGUCUCCCCGGAUCACCCCAUCAUGGAAGAGGAGAUCUUCGGACCCAUCUUACCCAUCGUGACGGUUAACAGUGCGGAAGAAGCGGUUAACUUCAUCAACACACGGGAAAAACCUCUGGUGAUCUACCUCUUUUCGAAGAAAUCAAGCGUGAAGAAGUUUUUUAUCGAGAAUACUAGUUCUGGGGCUGUUACGGUUAACGAUACCAUAGUACAGGUGAUCGUGGAGAGCUUGCCAUUUGGUGGGGUGGGUUCUAGUGGCAUGGGACGUUUCAAAGGGAAGGAUAGUUUUGACACCUUCGUCAACAGGAAAAGCGUUCUGGAUAAAAACACCUGGGGAAUUGUGGAAAGAGUGAAUGAGUUGAGAUAUCCGCCUCUCACGAAACGCAAGACUGACGUGGCUACAUUUUUGCUUAAAUAUAGGAGGGAACCAUCAUGGGUUACGGUGGUCACUUUGAUAUUUUUUUUACUGGCGUUGGGUGCGAGUUUUAGGUUGGAUUUGUGGUAGAAUUACAUAAUUAUAAUGUAUAUGGUUUUGGUUUUAAAACAAAUCAAUAACAAGUCUUCUGGAUUAUUUAAUCGACGAAAUUAAUACGUAGUUUUUACAUUAAUUAUUUACAAAUGUCAAA